AAUUGAACUUUUCAAUGCAACUCUAACGUGGUUAUGUGAACGCUUGUUAUUUGCCGAAUUAAACAAUGUUACAAAUUAGCAAGCUUUGCCUUACAACAUCCAGUUUAAUUGCCGCACAGCGUCAUGUCGGACUCACCGCCGUUCGGUGCAUCGAUCAGAGCUGGCGGGCGGCCAAGGGAUUGCCGGAGAAUCCCAAUGCAUUUGGUCCACUCACAAAUAUGCCCGACUACACGUACCUUGAUGGCAGGACGACGCCGCUGGGCUCCAACCAGAAGAAACGCUUGAUGAAGCAACAGGAGAUUGCGGCCAAAAUUGUGGAGCUCAGCAGCGAACUGGACUUUGCCAAGCAGCGUCACGAGCGUCUUAAAAUGCAGGCCCAGGCCGAAAAGCAACGCAUUCUGCAGAAUAAGCUGAAACCAAAGGGUCAUCUCUUGUUAAAAAAGAAAUAGUCCAGAUGUAAAGCCUACUUAUUGGGUGCCCCUUGAAUGUUCAUUAACGUUUAUGAUAUACUAUUUUCACUAUUACACAGAUAUGAUUGUUAUCAGCUCAUAUUAUUUUUAUCUAAAAACGUGUUUGCUUUAUUUGGAACAGCAAACAACAGCUAUAAGCCAAGUGUCAAGUGUGCCCUGUGGGAGCCGCACGUUAUAUAGAAAGACGUAAGCAUGGUAAAAUUAAUGGUAAUUAAAUGUUAAAACUCUUGUGACGCACAUUGGACAACAACCUGUCCUGGCAAUUAGAUGGCCAGCUCUUAACGCAUGUGAUUUUUGGCUGGUUGCCAGAUUUAACCUGAAUACAGUAAGCACUAAAAUAAAACAGCUAAAAAAA